UUUGAAGGGGACGAUAUUCUGACGUCAUAUUUAGGCGUCCUUGUUUGAAUGGGGUAGUGCUCUCAAAGCCGUCUGGAAAAGCGGAAUUUAAUGCACAAUUGGUUAUCUAUAAACAACCAACACAUUGAAUAAAAUAACAUCUGAAGAAUUAUUAUUCCGUGGAGAGAGAAGGAAAUAUGGGUCCAGUUGAACUUCUUCACAUGUCCGUAUUCUCCCAGAGCUUCUCUCACUGCGGCCGUUUCUUAGCUGCAGGGAACAAUUAUGGGGAGAUCGCUGUGUUCAGUCUGUCCUCCGCUCUCAGUCCAGAGGCCACCAAAAUCAGUCAGAAACCCAUCUUAACCUUCACUGCGCAUGAAGCUCCUGUGUUCUCCCUCCUUUCCACUGACACCCACCUCCUGAGCGCGGGGAACGGAGAGAUCAGCGCCUGGAGCUGGGCGGAACUGACCAAGAGGAACACUAAAUCUAUUUGGACAAGGAGACCACAGUACAAAUCGAGUCUAGAGAUUCCGGAGAUAAAUGCUAUGAUCAUUAAUCCAAGAGACAACAGUCUGGUCGUAGGCGGGGGAGACAACAACGUCCACAUCAUGGACCUGGAGAGCGGAGUCUUCAAGUCGGUGUUACAGGGCCAUAGUGACUACAUCCACUGCCUGAGCAUCAGGGAGAGAGAGGGAGAGAUCCUGUCUGGAGGAGAGGACGGAGCCGUCAGGAUAUGGGACUCCAGGACCGGACAAACUGUGCACUGUAUAGAGGUCUACAAGUACGAGGAUUGUGCACGGCCCCAGUAUGGAAAGUGGAUCAGCUGUCUCGCUACUGAUUCCGAGUGGAUGCUCUGCGGAGGCGGGCCGGCCCUGUCGCUAUGGCACCUGCGCACCCUCUCGCCCACUUCCGUUUUCCCGCUUUCUGGCUGUCAGCGACAAGCAGCUUUCUACCAGGACCUGAUCUUGUCUGUUGGAGAGGGGAAAGUUGUGUCCCACUGUCUCAUGGGUGGGGAGGUAAAGUCGCUAAUUCCGUGCACACCGCCAUCGCUCAACACGCUGGCUAUCAACACCAACAGCACUGAGCACAGGGUGCUGACAGUAGGGGGCAGCAGUGACCAGAUAGACGUUUUCACAAACUUGUCUUACAGAGCAUUUUCCCUUUCUUUCUGAAGGGCUACAACACAAUCUCAACACACACACCCCUUCCUGACACUGUAGACAAAUUCUCCCAGACGCUGUGGUAAUUUAUCAUUUGAAAAUAAUUCAGGAACAUAUUUUUUAUAAUAAAGUACUUUUUCCCUCU